AUGGCUGCUAAAAUGAUGUCUGCGGUCGGAUUCAAAGGGAUUCGUUCUGGUAUUGGGCACAAUGGCAGGGUGGCACUGCCAAAGCAAGUCAAUGUUCCAAUAAAAGUGACAAUUCAGCAGUCACUUCGGUCUCAGUUGGUCGUCAAGAAGCACAAUUUGGAGGUGAAAGCCACCCAUAACAUUGGCACACAGACAAAUGAGGAAAAUCCAGAUGUUACCAUCACAUACAAGGUAGCUGUUUUGGGGGAUCUCUCAAGAGUUGUGGGCGGAUCAUUGAUUGAUAGUGUUAGCUUUAAGGGCGCUAACAUAUCAAUCUGUAAAGAUGACUUCAAGGAGGCUGAGCUUGGUGGCAAUGUGGAGGAGUUAAAGAGGUGUUUACAAGAUGCCGAUAUGGUGAUAGUGGCAGCGGGCAUUUCCAGAAACCCUAUGAAGUUCACUUAUGAUCAGAUGCUAGCCUUCAAUUCUCCCAUUAUCGAUCGUGCGAUCGAUGCCAUCGCCCUUCAUUGUGCUGAUGCUUUCAUAUGCUUCAUGACCCAACCAAUAGAGCAUGCAAUGAGGUCCACGGCAAAAGCCUUGAAGUCAAAUAUAGGAUUUGAUCCAUUGAAGCUCCAUGGUUUCUGCGUUACCGAUCUGGCCCAGUUUAGUUUUAAGAUAGAGGAGUAUUACUAUAAGUCCAAGACAAAUAUUCAAGUGCCAGUAGGUAUGGCGGGUUAUACGUUGGAGUGCAUGGAGCAAAGCCGGAUCAGCAAGUUUGGUCGUGGAAUGGCAACGCUUUGGCUGGAAAUUUAUGUUGCGAAAUAUAUCAAUGAUUGCAUCCGGAAGCUGAUGCUUGAUAACAAGCCCUGA